CUCUAUAACCACACACAAACGCGUCUUCCUCCGCCUUAUCGGUCACUCCGCAACCACCACCAUGAAAACACUUCUUGGUGCUGGGUGGUCUCCCAGGCUCCCUUCCUGCCCUCUUCGACUCCUACAACCAUCUAAAGCACCGGUUUCGCUCCCUCGAUGUCAAGGAGACUCGCGGAACGAGACGAGCGGCGGGAAGAGCGAUCUGAGCAUCGGCUCUCCCAUCGUCGUCGUUGAGGCCCCGCCGACGCUCAAGACAGCCACUGCCAUGUCUUCGCUUCGGAUCAACGCCGGGCUGGUCAAGCAGGGCGACGUCGGCAGAAUCAUAGCGAGGAAGCCGAAAGACGUAUGGGCGGUCCGCCUGGCGAUCGGAACUUAUCUCAUAGAUGGAAAGUAUUUCAAGCCAUUAGAUGUCGAUGAAUGAGAUCCACAUCUGUAUUCCACGAAAUGUUAUCAGAGUAUUGAAUGCAUUUGCAAAUUUCAUAU